UUACAAGAUGGACUAAUUCUAAGGCAAACAUGAUAGAUAUGCUGCUUUCUGUGCAAAGUGAAUUUAUUAUCUCACUAAUUGCAAAAAUGCUGUACAGAUGUGCUGUACAAAUAGCAAAAGCUGGAUUUAGACGCGGGGAAGCGACAUUAUAAUCGAUGGCCAAGCAACUCAAAAUCCUUGAGUUACAUAAGGAAGAAAACCAUAGCUAUUUAGCUGAUGGCAUAGUUAAGCUAUAUGGACCAAAGGAUCUUGAAGUUCUGUUGUUGGAGACUUCCAGCAGCUUUGCGAGUAUCGAUCGAGCAAAAUACUUAUUUGAUCAUCAUAAGGGCUUCUUCGGAACCCUUUCAAUGCUAAAACUCACCGCCGAUAAAUUUCAUAAGGCAUCUAUCGAGACAUUUUGCAAAAGCAAGGUGUUAUUUGUCCAUGCAGCAGGUGAAAAUAUUUAUUUUCAAACGCAAAUCACUGUAUCGCUUAACUGAAAUGGAAAAAGGAGCUUGUCCCAGAUUUAGUAAGAAAAUCGUCUGAAAUAAAAAAUGACUUUUUCCAAAAAAAGAAAGAAUUUGUCUGAAAGUAAAACUGACUUGUCCGAAAAAAAGUAUUUAUAGAAACAGAAUCUGGAAGCCAUAUAA